UCUUUCAACGGCAGCAACACUUAGUCAGCCACCUCCGUAGCUUGCUACCCAAAAUAGCUAAACCAAUCAACUUCUUUAGACGCUUUAGUGUAUAUUAGCCACUGUGUUAUGAACCCACUUCUGUCGUCUAGUUAGUUAUCCGAUUUAAUUUCAUAUUUACGGUGUUGUUAUUAUAAAGCUUGCGGGCUGGUUAAGUUAGCAUUAGCCUAGCUACCUAACAUCUCCGACCAUGAGCUCACUAAGCUACUCUCCUCCUGGUAAAGAAGAGGUCUGCUGGACGGAGAAAGAAGCUCUCGUGAAAGAGGAGGAGGAAGAGGAGGCUGUUACAAUAAAAAAACAAGGAGAGGGUGAGACUGUUACAGUUAAAGAAGAAGAGAAAGACGUUUCAGUGAAAGAAGAGGAAGACUCGUUCAGAGUGAAAGAGGAGGACGUUAGAGUAAAAGAAGAGGAGGAUGCAGUUUUUGGAGUGAAGGAGGAGGGGGAGAUGACCGUCAAAUCGAAAAAGGAGGAGGAAACUGGAUAUCUGGGCCCGGUUUCCCAGGCGCAUCUUAAGGCAUCCAAUGGUUCUAAUGAUGAACUUAGCCAUAUGAUGCUUUCAGGAAACCGGGCCCUGGUUAAUACUAGAGAGAUAUGGGACUAUUGUGGAUCCUCUGGGGAGCCUCAACAACAUCAUGAUGCUGAUGAGGCAGAGAAGAGUCUCUCCAGAUCAGAACACCUCAAGAAACACCAGCAGAGACCCACAGGGAAGAGAACUUACCACUGCUCUGACUGUGGGAAGAUAUUCACCUCCUCAGCAGACCUCAAAAGACAUCAGAGAAUCCAUACAGGAGAGAAACCUUAUAGUUGUGCUCAAUGUGGGAAGAGAUUCAUCUCCUCAUCAGGCAUUAAAAUUCACCAGAGAAUCCACACAGGAGAGAAACCUUAUAGCUGCGCUCAAUGUGGGAAGAGAUUCACCACCUCAUCAGGCAUUAAAAUUCACCAGAGAAUCCACACAGGAGAGAAACCUUUUAGCUGCUCUGACUGUGGAAAUAGGUUUGGUACUUCAGGAUGUUUAAAAUCACACCAGAGAACACACACAGGAGAUAAACCUUAUAGCUGUGAUCAAUGUGGGAAGAGUUUUACUAAAGCUGGCAGUCUGACUAAACACCAGAGAAUCCACACAGGAGAGAAACCUUUUAGCUGCUCUGACUGUGGGAAGAGUUUUGGUACUUCAGGAUGCUUAAAAUCACACCAGAGAACACACACAGGAGAGAAACCUUUUAGCUGUACUCAAUGUGGGAAGAGUUUUACACAGUCAACCAGCCUGAUAUCACACCAAAGAACACACACAGGAGAAAAACCUUAUAGCUGUACUCAAUGUGGGAAGAGUUUUACUCAGUCAGGUGGCCUGAAAUCACACAAAAGAACACACACAGGAGAGAAAGCUUAUGGCUGUACUCAAUGUGGGAAGAAUUUUGUGUCAUCUGGCUAUCUGAAGAUGCACCAGAGAACACACACAGGAGAGAAACCUUAUAGCUGUGAUCAUUGUGUGAAGAGUUUUGGUACAUCUGGCUAUCUGAAGAUACACCAGAGAACACACAUGAGAGAAACCUUAUAGCUGUGAUCAAUAUGGGUACUCUGAUAAAAGAUCUGCUCAAACAUUAGAAAAUACAUACAUGAAGUUGUUUCAUGAUAUCAAUGAAAUAAUGUCACAAUUUAGAAUGUUAAUGAUGCCACAAUGUAGAAUCCUAAACGUUUGACCCCUGUUCUAUUGAUUUUACCAUGAUAUGGAUAUUAGCCUCGGGUGAAAAUUCCAGGCUCUGAAUUGAAAGAGUACUAUUUAUGUGAUGUAACAAAAAGUGACUAACAAAAAAAGAGUUGUGUUACGCUUACCACGUUGGUGACCCACUUGAAUCAAAAUGCAGCUGACUGUCUUCUGCAGGUUGUCCUCAAACCAGUCAGGUAAAAGAUAUCUCCCAUUUCCAUGUGUUUUGUUUAGUUGUGUUAGUUUCAACAUCACAAACAACCUGAUUUCCCACCCAAUCGAUAUCAGUGAUUUAUUGCUUUUUUGUCAAAACAACAGCGUUUCUGGUGCUUGUGCAGUUUAUAAGGUGCUUGUUUAAAAAAUACAAGUAAUAUGAUUAUUGUGGCAGAUGCUUGUGUAUAUAGCACAUUUUAUGUUUAGGUUUUCAAUUUAUCCAAAGCUGUUUCUGCAUAUUGGUUAUUGAUUUGGACAUGUUAAAUAUGUGUUUUGACAUUGGGCUAUCCCACCUAGCAAAAUGUCAUUGAAAAGACGUUGAAAAUAAGACUGCAAUCAAAUAUACCUCCAAUAUACGUCCGGCUGUAGUUGAAAGUUGAAAAUAUGUAUUUUCGUUUUUUUUUUUUUUCAAUAAAGUCAUUGUAAAUAAGAAUUUGUUCUUAUUAACUGACAAAUUUACAACGAUGACCUACAGGGGAACAGUGGGUUAACUGACUUGUUGUUCAGGCGCAGAACGACAGAUUUUGACCUUGUCAGCUCGGGGAUCAAUCUUUCGGUUACUGUUAAAUGAAGGUUUACAUUUGUCUAAAUACACAUGGACGCAGCCUAUACACCUAUAAUAAAUGUUAGUAACAAUCCUACAUCGCUCAAGUAUUUCUUUGCAACAUUCAAAUGCUAAUUGUCUUUAUUCCACUACGGAAGAAGCAUGACUCAAAUCACCUCAUAUUUCAAACAUUCAGCCUGACAAAAGAUACAUGUUUUAUUAUUCCAUGCCUCACCAUUAAGUUAAUUAUUGCCAGUACAUAUUAACAAAGGGCUGUACAUUUGAUUUCGAUAUUUACAAUUUAUGUAAUAUUUAGUCAUAAUAAUUAUUUAUGCAACCAACUGACAAUUUCUGGGUACAAUUAUAUUGACAUUGUUGCCCUGCGUUUAGAAUUUCAAGGUUAAUUCUCAGAUGUGCCAACCCAAAUGUACUAGAGCAUGACAUUGGGGACUGGGCCCUGAUCCAGUAACAUGCCUAUCGAGUGAACCCUGAAAAGAGAGAGAAGCUCCAGUGAGGUGGAAUGUUACUACGGAUAUUGCAGGGAGUUUCCUCUUGAAAUCAGACAUGUCCGUGGUGGGCACAAUUUGGUUGCUGAUUGUCUCAAGGGUGACUGCAUGUUUUUCCAUAUUGGAGAUGAGUUUUGUUCGGGCUCGUUCCAAGGGGACGAGAGUUCUAGAAGCUAGUGAGUUUUAGGAAGACGAGAGUUCUAGAAGCUAGUCAGUUUUAGGAUUCUUGGAUAUUAUUAUUUAGAAAUACGUGUUUUUAAUUGUUGACAGCCAGCAGACACCAUGUUUAUAUUGUAGAAGGGAAUCAAUUUAGUUGAUUAUAUUGGGAAAUGGAAGUUGUUUUCUGUUGGUGGUGAGCAAACCUGUCCAACUGACGUAUAGGAUAUAUUUGUUGUCUUAAGGGGGAAGGUGUUACAGGCUUUGGUUUUUCCAUUUAUGUUUUGAGGUUGGACUUUAGCACGUAUAGCUCGUUAGCACGUAUAGCUCGUUAGCACGUAUAGCUCGUUAGCUCGUUAGCGCGUAUAGCUCGUUAGCGCGUAUAGCUCGUUAGCACGUAUAGCUCGUUAGCACGUAUAGCUCGUUAGCACGUAUAGCUCGUUAGCACGUAUAGCUCGUUAGCACGUAUAGCUCGUUAGCACGUAUAGCUCGUUAGCACGUAUAGCUCACCUCGUUAGUCAGUAUGUGUUACACUUGCGCUGGCUUGUCCAGCUCGUUAGUGGGAAGGUGUUUCACCUGAGCUGGUCCAGGUUCUAUUUAAGAGUGUCAGGCCCAGUGCUCUUGAUAGAUGUGGAGAGUCAACACCUUUAGUUACUCCACCUUUUUGGUUUGCUUCCUGUCUUUAAGUUUGGUGUGGGUUUGCCUCAUCUUGGGCCAAUUUGGUCAGUGUCUUUUAGGUCCCAGUGGUUGUUACUAGUCAAUUGUCAGUGGACACCCUCAGUGACUUUCAGAGCCUCUCCUAAAAAACAAGUUUAUAUUGUGGAUUGGAUAUUGCAUCCAAUUAAUAUUUUAAUCAAGGGUAUUUCCUUAGGGUGCUCAUUAGUCUUUCAGUUGUUAGUCUUCUGUUUGUGUACUAAAAAUGUCUGUUUAUUUUCAUAGUUUUUUCCUGUGAAGCCAUUGUGUUGCAUCCAUGUCUGAGAUGUGCUGUAUAAAUAAAGCUUGACUUGAUUUCAACAAA